AUGGGCUUGGAAGAACUACAGCCUGGCAAUACAUUACGUGCCAAGGCGACUGCAGUUGCAGCGUUCUCGAAGUUUCUUAAGGGUGAGGAAGUUGAUGAGGAGUAUGUAAGAAAAUGUAUUGAGACAGACGAGAGCGGUAAGAGUUUUGUGUGUGUCAUGGAUAAGUUUGGGAUGUAUCUUGCAUUUAGCGAGGGCAAGAAGGGUAAAGUGCUAGCUCGAAACACUGCAAUGCAGUACUAUCGCCAAGCUAAAAUCUGGCUUCUUGACCAAUUUCGUCAGCACAGAGCGUCGCUAGAAUCGCGUCUGCUCAAAAUGGGGAAAACCCUCGAUAAUUUUUGUCUGAAACGCGAUGGCGGUGGUUUUGUAUCGAAGGCUCCACCAUGCACAAAAGUAGACUUGAAAAAAUGA